AAAGUGCACUAUAUGUGGAUUGAGACGGUUCAGUUCCAUCCUCGGGUUCGGAGACAUGGCCGGGUUUCCGGGAGUUUCUUCUCUGUGUGAGAAUCCCAAUGAAGUGUUUCUGGAUGUGUCCAAACUCCUGCUGACGUAUGCGGACAAUAUUCUCAGGAACCCAAAUGAAGAGAAGUACAGGUCUAUUCGUAUAGGAAACCCAACCUUCUCCACGAAACUUCUCCCUAUCAGAGGAGCGGUGGAGUGUCUGUUUGAAAUGGGCUUUGAGGAGGCCGAGACGCACUUGGUGUUCCCGAAGUCAGCAUCUGUAGACCAGCUGAGACGAGUGCGAGAGACACUAGCUGCUGAGAGAGAUCAGAGGCUGGGAGCGGACCAGCGUGCAUCGUGCUCGAGCGCUUCCAGCUCCACGUCGUCUCCCGCUCCGACUCCUACAGCGGCUUCAGAACCUCAGCGCCCCAUACAGCCACCUCCGUCCGGGUUGGGUAGCAAGUCCUUCUUAGAGACAAUGCAGGCAAACUUUCAGCAUGUGAUGGUGUACGAGAAUCCUGAACUUCAGCAGAAAGCAUUGCGGUGUUUACCGCAUAAGCAGCUCUGUUCCAGAGCUAAAGAAAGACUUUGCAAGGCCAGAGAAGCAGACCCAGAGUGCAGUCUUGGGGAGGAGGACAUGCUGGUCCUGGAGCUGUUACAGUGGUUUAAGCAGGAUUUCUUCACCUGGGUGGACAACCUGGCGUGCAGCAGGUGUGGGGGUAAGACACACUCCCUCGGUUCCCUCCCACCCUCCACAGAUGACCUACUGUGGAAUGCCAAUCGUGUCGAAAACCACUACUGCAACGCUUGUGACCUCACCACCAGGUUCCCAAGGUACAAUAACCCUGAAAAACUUCUGGAGACCAGGAGGGGGCGCUGUGGGGAAUGGGCCAACUGCUUCACUCUGUGCUGCAGAGCUUUGGGGCUGGAGGCCAGGUACAUCUGGGACUCAACAGAUCACGUGUGGACCGAGGUGUUCUCUCGGUCUCAGCAUCGCUGGCUACACUGCGAUUCCUGUGAGAACGCGUGCGAUAAACCUCUGCUCUACGAAAUGGGCUGGGGCAAGAAGCUCUCCUACGUCUUUGCUUUCUCAAAAGAUCAGGUGGUUGAUGUGACCUGGCGAUACUCCAGUAAACAUAAGGAAGUUCUUUCCAGACGUACACAGGUUCAGGAAACAUGGCUGCUACAUGCCAUCAAUGGUCUCAAUACUGUGAGGCAGCAGUCCCUGAGUGCCGAGAGGCAGGAGCUCCUGGAGAGGUUGUUAGUAGAGCUUGUGGAGUUCAUUUCUCCUAAGAAUCCAAAAGCUGGAGAGAUGGGAGGUCGGAUAUCAGGCUCUCUUGCCUGGAGGGCUGCUCGUGGAGAAAUCGGAGAUGCUGUUACGGAUGCUUCUGAUGCGAAAGCCGCAGAGUUCGUCUUUAUCCCCACCGAGUCUGAGAAGCGUGCAAAGACGUUCCACCUGCAAUAUAACGUGACCAAAGACUGUUACUGUAGGGUGCACAACGACCAAGAGAAGAUCCAGGGCUGGGAAAAGGGAGUGUGGAAGAACGAGUGUGUGUUCAGGAAAGAGGAACCUGACUGGCAGAUGGUAUACCUGGCUCGGACAGAAGGCUCUUCUGCAGGCCGGCUGUGUUGGAGGAUUGUUUGUGCUCCUGUGGGGAUGACCAUUAAAUCGGUCUCGGUCAGAGCCAUCGGUCAAACCUUCCACUCUGGAGCCGUCCGCUGCAGAAUAAACUCCUCCCAAUCCAGCAUAGAGUUUCCUGCAGACGGUGAAAUGCACACACCGACAGGCCCGAAAGGCUCCACAGAAGUGAUGGUAGAAGCCGAGCUGAGCGGAGGGGACGGAGAUACCGCGUGGCAACACGCCCAGCUGUUCAGACAGAGUUUGAAGGACAUUGAGACGUCCUCGUUUGAGAUUCUUGUUGAAAUGGAGGAGGCUAAAGUGUAGUGUACUUCUACUUUUGGUUUCUGGGGGGAUUGGGAUCUGGGAAAUCCAAGCACAGUCUCACUUUUUAAAUGAUGCGCUACUCGUUAGAAGAGUUUAGAUUAAAUACGAGAUAGAAAAGUGCUCUCUGAUGUGGCAUUCUGUAUAAUUCUAGUUAUCAAUGGGGACGCAUCAGUACUACUUUUGAUAUCCAAUAGCAGAACCCUGUAUCUGGUCUCCUGUGAAUUGUCUUCAGGGCGAUCGGAAGCGUUUUAGGACACGUGUAACUGUAACAAAUGAUGUGAACUGAUCGUUUGCCAAUAAGGUGUAAUGAUCAAUACCUCCACUGUGUCAAACCUCUUAUGGAUUAUUUUCUGUGGGGACGUGCAAGACUCUGACCUUGGCGCGUUUCUGUUUGUGGAAUCGUCCUUUUGUUUUAAUGAUUUUAUUAAACAAAUUGUACAAGU